AUGCAAAUUUCAGAUUUUAUUCUUGUAAUUAUUGGAUCAGUUGCAUUAGCAGCAGGUGUUAAAUAUGUAUUUACUUUAACAUCAGGUAGUAAUAAAGAUAAAAAAGGUGGUGAAGCAGAGAAAGGUAAACAAGUUGAAAAAGCAUUAGAUCCACAAGAAUAUAGAAAGUUUCAAUUAAAAGAGAAAUUCAUAGUGAAUCAUAAUACUAGAAUCUUUAGAUUUGCAUUACCAAAUGAAGAUGAUAUUUUAGGUUUACCAAUUGGCCAACACAUUUCAUUGAGAGCAGUUGUUGGUGGCAAAGAAGUUUAUCGUCCAUAUACACCAAUUUCAUCAGACGAAGAGAGAGGUUACUUUGAUCUCUUAAUCAAAGUCUAUGAAAAGGGUGCCAUGUCAGGCUACGUUGACAACAUGUUCAUUGGCGACUCAAUCGAAGUUAAAGGUCCAAAAGGUAAAUUCAACUACCAACCAAACAUGCGUAAAUCAAUCGGUAUGUUAGCUGGUGGUACAGGUAUCACUCCAAUGUUACAAGUCAUCAAAGCAAUCUUGAAAAAUCCAUCCGAUAAAACUGAAAUCUCUUUAGUCUUUGGUAACAUCACCGAAGAGGAUAUCCUCCUCAAGAAGGAAUUGGACGAAUUGGCUGAAAAACAUCCACAAUUCAAAGUUUACUACGUUUUAAAUAAUCCACCAAAAGGUUGGACUCAAGGUGUUGGCUUUGUAUCUAAAGAAAUCAUUGAAUCACGUUUACCUUCUCCAUCUGAUCAAACUAUGGUUAUCAUGUGUGGUCCACCAAUGAUGAAUAAAGCAAUGACUGGUCAUUUAGAAACUAUUGGUUUUAAUGAAUCAAAUAUUUUCACUUUUUAA